CGACCCUCAAAACAACUCGCCCGCGCGUCACCACAACCCUGCGACAGCAUCACAUUCCCAACACCUCCGCCGCCAGCUCACGCCCGCGCAAAAGAUCCCGACAGAGAGACAAACACAAGAGACGGCAGUCUGACGCCGCCCGCCCGCAACGGUCCGCUCCCCCGACCGCGCAAAGACCAAAAAAGCCAUUAUGAACAAGGACUCGUCCUUCACGUACGUGCACAUGCACCGGGCUGGCGACGCGGAGCUCUUCGAGGACUUUUGCAAGGACAAGCUGCCCGAGGACGACAUCUACGUGCCGCCGCAGCACCAGCCCAUCAACCCCGAGGACGAGGACGACGUGGUGCCCGACCAGCACGCCGCCUUUGGCAUCCAGCGCGCCACCCAGAAGACGAGGGAGCCGGCGUGGAAGGACCUCGGCCUCGCCGACCUGAUGAACAAGGGGCCCGCGCCUGGUCCGGCCGCGGGCAAGGCGGCCGCCGCGACGACGUCGGGGAGCAAGGGUAAAGGGCUGCCCCGGUGAUGCUAAGCCAUGCCAUGGCUAUGUCGUCGGGGUGGGCAUCUCUCUGGGAUACUGGCCUUUUUCUUUGUUCAUGUUUGAAGCAGGCGUUGGUUGGCGUUAGAAUGGCAUGGGAGGAAUACUCUGUGUCAUAAAGGUAUACCACUAUUGGGUCUUGCUUGACCCGGCACUAUGCGUAGUACAAAUACCAUGGCGUCUUUGUAUGGAUUUCUUCAAUUCAAACCGCUCAAGAUGACCCAUGAUGCGCAAC